UUCUGGAGGUUUUCUCUGCAGCCAUUAGGCCCAGAGCAUGCCUGGCAGGAGGCAGCCUGUGAUGGGAACGUGUCCAGAGGCCCUCCACCUGUGCCGGGCCCCCUGGCUCCUGGGAUUCACCAGCCUCCUCCUCAGCGCCUUCAGCACUGCGGUCAGGAGCUCUGGGGCCCGUGGAUCUGGAGUGGAGGAUUCCAGAAACCUAGUUUCCCUGAUGGGGACUCAAGGUGGUUCUGUGGUGUUUCAUGUUACCAGACGUCCAGAAGUACCUCCUGAAGCCAAGCUGGAGAUGAUUUCUUGGGCCGUUAAAAAUGAGUCAAACUACAUAUUCCUCCUGCACGUCUUUCCUGGGGUGGAUGUUCCAGAAUGGGUCAACCCCCAGGACAAGUUCAAGGAGAGGCUCCGUGUGCUCAACACAACGACCCUGAGGAUUGACAAGCUGACCCUCGAGGACAGUGGGUGGUACCGGGCUCGAUGCUCCUUCAGCACAGGGAUAGAAAAUGCCCAGUAUUUCCACCUCAGUGUCUACGAGCCCGUGCCCCGUCCCCAGGUCCUGGCCAAGAUCCUGUCCCUCACACGAGACUGGUGCAACGUCACCCUGGAGUGCCACACCCCGGGAGCCACAGGGGCCUUGAACGUGUCCUGGGAGAGUAAGGGCCUCCCCAGUGAGCUGGAGAAGAGGGGGGCCCCAGGACCAGCCCCCAAUCCCUGGACCCUGGCUCUGAACCUGCCCCUGAACCAGCCCAGCCCCAGCACCAUCUGUGUGGUCAGCAACCCUGUGGAUCAGAAAAUUGCCACCCGGGACCUCUGGGAAGUGUGUGUCCAUUAGGGAGAAACACGUCCACACAGACAGGCCGGUGC